UACAAUGGAGGGCGAUUCGUUUAUAACAAACAGUAGUGAAUAUCGAUUGCUGGAGGUGUAUUACCAAAAGAGGAGAACGUCAAAAAUAAGACCGGAGCCUCGUGUCUGCAUGCUUUCUGCACAGUCAGCAACAGGUGAUGAGGGUUUCCAAAAUGUGGCUGAAAAACUGACUCAGAUUGUCGACAGCGGGCUCAUUGUUCCAGAUGGGGUUGAAGCAGAUAGCAACGAUGAUAUUGUAGAGAGGCUGGUUGAGUUACUGAAGGAAUCGGGGGACGAGCUUAAUGAGAAGAUUAAGCGGAACCAUGAACUUUUAGAAUACUUGAAGAGUGCUAUAACUUACACGGUGUUUGAAAAGCUAACUACAACUUUCAUCAAGAGUGUGGUGCCGCAGACCACAAGGAACCGUGAGCAGAUAGCCCUGACCUUUGAGAUGACCAGCAGGCUCAGGGCGCUGGAUCUACAACCCAUGAACAGGGUAAUGGGAUUUGGGGCUCAAUACUUACAGCAGCACUUUACUCCCUGGGUUCAGAAGCAUGGUGGCUGGGAGAAAGCAUUUGAAGACGACGAUGAUGAUGAGGAGGAGGAGGUUCAUUGAUGCAAGACAUUGCAUUGAAAAUUUUCAGGUGGUUAACUGUGAAAUUCAUUGAUUUGUAAUAUGAAGACUGAUUAAAUGUUUAUUUUCAUAUUGAUUUAAGUGUAGCAUGUACAAUGGAAAGUCAUUACUUUCCUAUUGUUUGAUAAAUUGUUUACAUGUGUCUAAUAUGGUUGUCAAAUUAAAUAAGCACAGAUUAUAUUAACACAAUGCCAUGCUUUAAACAAGCCGCUCAAAUUUAAUGCUAAAAUAUAAUGCUUUAUUAAAUAAAGUUUGCAACAAAUACAGCACCAGCAGACUUACAAAUACAAUACAGCAUUUAAAUCAGAGCAGUGCUCACAAUUUCUACAUAGAUUUAUUUUUUCUUCAAUACAUGUCAUCUAAUUUUAUUUGCUACAUGCUGCAACAAUCAUUUAAAAAACACUUUUUCAUUUAAGUCUUAAGCACAACAGUACACUUGUUAAAGGAGGCACAAAUAGGCAAUGUUUGAUAACCAGCAAAGACUUGAACAAUACUAAAUAAUCUGUUUUCCUUAAGGAUCUUUGUGAAACAACAGUUGUGUUAAUACAAUUAUGUUAGUAUGAUGUAAUUAAUUGAUUAUGACAGAGUGCCGAAUGAAGAUUUUGGUUGCAGUAUUUGUGUUACACUUUAUUUAGUGUUUAUCCUGAUAAUAAGACAAUAAUAAUAAAUUUAGCCAAGAAAAGCUGUAGCAGCAUUUACUUAAUGUGACUUGUAUUCAGUCAUAUUCUACUGCAAACCAAAGUUGCAGUUAUAACGCAUACCAAGCUUAAUCGUGGAUGAAUUCGAUUGGCUCAGAUGCCGAGGUACGUGUUCAUUUUUCCCAGAGCGUCACAGACGGUGGUGAGGUCGCUGCGUAGAUCUUGCACCACGUUCUCGAUGCUCCUGGUGUCCUUUAGUAAAUCAAUGCUUUGGGUGUACGGAUUGUAGUAGACUGAAAACGGCCUCUUUAUCGAUUUAGCAAAAUCCCUGUUUAGAAGAAAUUAUGUUAGACCAGUAUGUUGUGUCUUUUUUGCAAUCUGUAAGACUUUUUCUUAUUGUCACGUCGGACUGAAUGUACUGUACAUUUACCUCAUUUUCUCCUUUGCCUCUUCAAAACUCUCAGAGACAAAAUAAACAUCUUGAAAAGUUGUAAUGAGA